AUGUCUGGCACAACAUUUGGAUUUCUCGCUUCUGUCACCAAGGAGGAGCCAACCACCACCCACAGUUACGAUGAAAUUGACGAGCGUUUGUUUGACAGUUACUUGGACCUCUCUGGACGUAAAAAUUCAUCCAGCUUAUCAGAUCAAAGUGAUAAAUCCGCGUCGUCGUCUUCUUCUUCUGAUGUGACUAGCAAUUCCAGCUAUGGUGACCAGGAACAUAGUGGCAGUGAAUCCUCCUCUUCUGUCAAGAGUCGCAACUACAAUAAGCCAGCAAAGAAUAAUAACGCCAUCAAGAAGCGUGAAACAAAAACCUACAAUAAUAAGAAAGAAGACAUGGAUUCUGACAACGACUCAAUUCAAUCGAUAAAAAAGUCACCUAAGAGUCUAAAUAAGAAAGCCUCUUAUCAUAGUGGCAACAGUAGCAGCAGUAGCAGUGUGACGAGCCAAGAACUAUCUGAAGCUGAAAAGAAGCAAAAAAGUCUGUACAAAACCGAACUCUGCCGCAAUUGGGAAGAAACCAACCACUGCCGUUAUGGCUCGAAAUGUCAGUAUGCUCAUGGUGCUGCUGAUUUACGUGAAGUGGAUCGUCAUCCCAAAUAUAAAACGCAAAAAUGUCGCACCUUUCAUCAGACCGGUGCCUGUCCUUAUGGUUCUCGCUGUACUUUUAGACAUUUCAGUCUUCCCGGCGAUGCACUUGAAAUGAAGAAUCUUGAAAAAGAAGAAGCGCAAAAAAAGCAACAACAGCAACAACAACAACAACAACAACAACAACAGCAGCAGCAGCAGCAGCAGCAGCAGCAGAAACAACAACAACCACAACAACAAAACAAGGAUAUGUUGCAUCAUCAAAGACAACAACAAACCAACGGCUUCCUCAACACAACGAGCAGCAAACAAGCAGUCGAACGUCCCUCUUUCUUUUCCACUGAAAGUCAAAAAUUGCUCCAACAGAAUUGGUACAUGGAUCUCAAGAAUAGCAGUCGUACGUCUUUUGCUCCCGGCGUAGGUAGUAUAUCUCCUGAUCAAGCCUUUAUCCCCCACAUGAUGUUUAGUCAGCCUCCUUCUCAUAACGCCUUGGACUUUGAAGAUUCUCUUCUUCCUUCCAACGCUGAAAGUCUACUUCCUCAUGAACUCUUGUUUAAUCUGGAUAAGCCUGGUGAAAAAGAAGAUCCUCGUAUGAUGAAUGCUCCUGCCACGACCACCACAACCGCGGAUGCUGCUGCUGCUGUGGGUAGCCGCUGUCCUUUGCGCAACUAUAUGAAUUUUUCCAAUUUUUCAUCAAGCCAUCUUCAUACACCUCCAUUUAUUCCCCAAUCUCAUCCCAUGCAUCCUCAUCAACAACAACAUCCCUUCCAACAACAACAACCUCAAGCCGCUACGACGGCUAAUCAUUGUAAGAACUUUUUAUAUCCUUGGUAUCUCUAA